AUGCCUAAAAGAGCAGACUUUGGUGAUGGGGAACUAAGGAUAUUGGUUAUCGGGAGCAGUGGUCCAUCUCAGUUCCUUCUCACCAACUUCAUUUUGGGAAGAGAGGAGUUCUCUGAGGAAGUCUAUAGCAUUGCAAGCAGCCGGAAAAAUGUGGGAGAGAUAGUAGGAAGACGGGUCGCAGUAGUCAACGGACCGAACCUGUAUGACAAAGACAUGUCCAAGUCCAAGAUGAGGAAAGAGCUGAAAAGAUCGAUGUGCUUGUCGACCCCUGGACCUCAUGCCAUACUCAUCACAUUCGACCUGGAGAAGAUCUCCCCCAACGAUAUGAAGACUCCCAAGCUGGUCAAGGAUAAAUUUGGAGAGAAUGUCUUGAAUUACACAAUGAUCCUCUUGGUUUAUGAUGGGCAUCUGAGAGGCAGAGCGCUUAAUGAUAAGGUCAUGAGAACCGAUUGGCAUCUGAGGGAGCUCGUGGAGCAGUGCAACUGCCGCUAUCACGUCUUCAGUAAGAACUGGAGGAACCGCAGCGGGAGCUGGGAGCUCUUACACAAGAUCGAGCGGAUGCUGCAGACUAUGGGCGGACACCAUUACGUUAACAGAUCUUACAAGAGGGCAGAGGAAAGCAUCAGAAAUGAGGAGAGAAAGCUACGCAAGAAGAGACAGUCUGAGACCGAGCGGACGUGCCGGGAACUGGAGGAGCAGUUUCAGGGGGAUGAACUAUGCUGGCAGAUGGACGCCGUCAAUGAGAGGGUGGGGGCAGAAAUCAGGGCCGAGGCCGAGCUGCAGAAUAGUUGGCUCAGGACUUCACUGGCUGUGGGAUUGGGACUGGGGUUUGUGGCUGGAGCCGCCAUGGGAAUGAUCGUGUGCUCUGUGGAAGGGCCAGCAGGAAUGGUGGUGGGAGGGGCUGUGGGUGGUGUCAUGGGCGGGGCUUCAGGUGCUGCUGCACAGCUGGCCAUUGAACACUUGGAUGACAGAGUGGGAUCACAUUCAGCCAGUUUUAAUUCAGCUUUUGUUAACCGCUUCUAUCGGGCACAUCCAGUCUGAAUGUGGCGAAGAACAGAAAGGGAGAUGUUUUAUGGAACUCAACACCUCCAAAAGCUUUGAACAGGACAAGAAAAAAGCACUCUAAAAGUAGUUUAUUAUGUGAUAUAUUCCAAGUCUUCUCAAGUCAAAUUAAAAACAAAAAAAUAGUUUAUUCACUGCAUAAUUACAGAAAUGUAUUCAAAGAUAAUCUUCCCCUCAGUUGCAGUUCUCAGAUAUCAUUCUCCAUUCUACAUAUGUGAACUGGUGUGUUGUGCAUCGUUGUGGCCAA